AUGACGGACAAGCUGCCCCCUAACCUGCUGGCGCUCUUUGCCGCGCGCCCUCCGCUGCGAUGGGUAGAACCCUCUGACCAUGCGCCCGAGAAGCGCAGGACAGCCCCCAUCGGAGGCGUCGCUGCGUUUUUGCCCGAGCUGCAGAAGUACAAGGAGACGGACAACUACCAGCCCACCGAGAGCUGGUUGGAGAUGCGCGAUCGGAAGAAGCGUGAGAAGGCUGAGGCUGCCGCAAAGUUGAAGACGGAAGGGCCAAAGCAAUUCAAACCGAACGAGGAUCCCAACAUUCGUGGCGAUGCCUUCAAGACUCUCAUCGUUGCCCGUCUCAGCUACGACGCUGACGAGCGUGACUUGGAACGGGAGUUUGGGCGUUUUGGCCCCAUCGAGCGUAUUCGCAUCAUUACUGAUACCCAUGCCCACGAGAAGCCUAAUAAGAAGAAGAAGCCACACAGGGGUUACGCAUUUGUUGUCUUCGAGCGCGAGAAAGACAUGAGAGGUAAAAACCAUUCCAACCCCUCCCCCCCAAUGCUAUAUGACCAUCUAUUCCAAGCCCGGUGGAUAUACCUCGAAGAUGUGGCCCUCAAGCUUGCCCAUCCGUAGAAGCAUACCACGAGACGUUCGCUAGGCCCUCAAGCUUGCCUGUCUCACUUCCGCCCACAUGAUCAAACGUGUGAACUACUUCAUUCUCAUGGUAAGAGUUGCUAACAAGUGCGUCUCAUGACGCAACAAUGACUAGCUGCCUUGGAUGCUUGCGAUGGUAUCCGCAUCAAAGACAGACG